CCCACGGAUUCUUGGGAUACGCUUAUAGUGUAUAUGAUGUCAUGCAAAUUAGAUCCCAUCACUAGUAGGAACUGGGAGGAGUAUCGCAAUACAUUGGAUACUGCACCCACUUUAUCACAAUUUUGUAAAUUCAUUAGCAACAAAGCAGAUUUAUUAGAAACAUUAGAAAACAAUAAUCAAAAUCAUAAAAUAAUACAUAAAUUAGAUAAUAAACAAAAAAGCUUCAUAGUUGCCACUAAUAAUUAUAAUAAUCAUAACAAUAAUCAUAACUCAAACCAAAUUUCUUACAAUAAAACCCCAUUAAAAUGCCCCCUUUGUUUUAAACACCAUCUAUUAUAUACAUGUGAAUCUUUCAGAAAUCUGUCUAUAGAAUCACGAGUUUGUAAAGCAAAGGAACUCAAUGUGUGUAUGAAUUGUUUACGCACAGGUCAUAUCACAUCAAGAUGUAGAUUAUCACGCUGCAAAUAUUGCAAAGGAAAGCAUAAUACUCUCUUGGAUGUAGAUGACCAGACCAUGUCUACGUCUAUUAAUAAUUCUAUGCCUAGUAGUAGUAGUAGUGUCGCCCUUCCUAUUGACAUUGCCGGUAUUUCUUCUACUAAUUGUCCAACAGGCAAUGUCGCUUUAUCUUGUGACACUAUCAUACAGAAUACUACUUCUUCUAUUUUACUGUCCACAGCUAUGGUGAAGGUUGUGAGCGAUGACGGUGAGAAGUUCGACGCCAGGAUCCUACUCGAUAAUGGUAGCACAGCCAAUUUUAUUACGCAGACGCUUAGUAACAAGCUGAGAUUGCCUCGGCGGAACAUUAACUCCACAAUAACAGGUAUAAAUAGCCAAACAUCAAAUAGUACACAAUCUUGUAAUCUUACUAUUAUAUCACGAGAUGACAAUUUUAAAAUUAAUAUUGACUGCUAUAUUCUGCCUGAAAUUACAAAACUGUUACCUCCAACUUCAAUUGACAUUCGCAACAUUCCUAUACCUUCAAAUUUACAGUUAGCCGACUCUUCUUUCUAUUGUCUGUCAGCUAUUGACAUAUUAGUUGGUGCUGAAGUAUUUUGGGCGGUUCCCGAUAGUGCAUCUAUUAAACUCGGUAAAAACCAACCUACAUUAUAUGCAUCUAAAUUCGGUUGGAUAGUUACCGGUCCUGUGAUUGUUUCAUCAAAGUCUUUCUCAACAAAACAAUCGCAUUAUUGUAAUCUACAAACUAAUGAAUUAAACUUAAAUUUAAAUAAAUUCUGGGAGUUGGAUUCGGUUUCUUUAAAAUAUAGUUUAUCUCCAGAAGAACGAGCCUGUGAGGAAAGCUUUCGUACUAAUACCACUCGAAACAAAGACGGUCGUUUUAUGGUUACUUAUCCAUUGAAAAACAACUGUAACACGUUAGGUAAUUCUUAUGAAAUGGCUAAACGUCGAUUUCUUUCCUUAGAACGUCGUUUUCAACGUGAUCCUAACUAUAAAGAGAAAUACGUUCAGUUUAUGGCAGAGUACGAGCGCCUGGGACAUAUGACUGAGAUUACUUCAUCAUUGAAACCGCAUUCUAGUAGCGAGAUUGAGUAUUUUUUGCCGCAUCACGGUGUGGUUAGGGAAUCCAGUACUACAACUAAGCUCCGGGUAGUCUUCGAUGCCUCUGCUGCUUCCACAUCUGGAAUAUCAUUCAAUGAUAUUCAGAUGGUGGGGCCUACUGUCCAGGAUGAUCUGUUCUCCAUUUUACUACGUUUCCGUCAACACAAAUAUGUAAUAUCUGGCGACGUAGAAAAAAUGUAUAGAGCAAUUGACAUCACUUCCUCCCACCGUUCUUUACAACAGAUAAUUUUUAGAUCGAAUCCCAAUGAACCCUUAAAAACAUAA